AUGGGAGAUUUUCAAGCCGGUCUAAGCAUGAAUGUAUUCCUUCUUGGUGGAAUUACAAUUUUACUUUGUGUAGUAAUACACUUUAUUUAUAAAACCAUCUUCAGUGACAAGAAAAGAGAAGCCUCGUUUAUAACCGAGAGCGAUUCUGGAGCUCAAGUUGACAACACUGCUUCUGAAUCUGUGGUCACCGAAAACCGUCCGAGUGGCAAAAGUAAAAAACGCGCACCAUGGAAAGGAAAGACGGAGUUCAACCAUCCUUGGCUAUUCAAGAAUCUCAAGGGUCACCCUGGCAACAUUCUUCAUAUGGACUUCUCUGCGAACGGCAAAUUCAUGGCCGCUACCUGUGACGCAAACAUAUUCUACGAAUUUAUGCAUUAA